CAGGUACCGGAUUGUCUGGCUCGACAGCGGGCAUCGGGUCACCAGGUAUGACAGCGGGCACUGGGUCACCAGGCAUCAGGUCAUUUGGCUUGCCAGCGGGCACCGCGCCAUCUGGCAAGGCAGUGGGCACCGGGUCACCAGGCAUUGGAUCGUCUGGCUCGACAGCGGGCAUCGGGUCACCAGGCAUCAGGUCAUUUGGCUUGCCAGCGGGCACCGCGUCAUCUGGCAAGGCAGUGGGCACCGGGUCACCAGGCAUUGGAUCGUCUGGCUCGACAGCGGGCAUCGGGUCACCAGGCAUCAGGUCAUUUGGCUCGCCAGCGUCAUCUGGCAAAGCAGUGGGCACCGAGUCACCAGGUACGACAGCGGGCUCCGAGUCAAUUGGCACGACAGCGGGCACCGGAUCAGGUACCGGAUCAUCUGAAUCAACAGCGGGCAUCGAGUCAACUGGC